AUGUCAUGGAGACGAUUUUUUAGAGAAUUCAAAUGGAAACUAGAAUCUCUUGUAGAAGGCCGAGGUGAUAGAUAUAUGACCAAAGUCUUAAUAUCCACUAACAUAGGUGUCUUUUUAGCAUGAAGAUUUUUAGAUGAAAGGUUUAUGUGAAGGCAUUUUAUUAUGAAUGAGCGUAAUACAAUUCGUGAAAGGCGGUAUUACACAAUUUUUACGUCAGCUUUUUCUCAUAUUGAGCCGAUACACUUAUUGUUUAAUUGCUUAGGAAUUUGGUUCUUUGGGCCACAUGUUGAAAUUGCUUUGGGAUCUCUUUCACUUCUAAAUCUAUAUUUUCUAGGAGCUUUAGGUGGUUUUAUGGGCGUCUGAUGGGAAUUCAAAAGAAGAUAUCAUGGCGCUAUGAUUCCGAACCAUUUAGGUGCGAGUGCCUCAACAACAGCUCUUUUUAUGUACUUUGCUGUCGGCAAUCCAUGGGCUACAGUCUACGUCUACAUAUUCCCAGUCCCUGCAAUUUUGCUUGCAAUUCCUAUUUUCUUUUUAGGGGUCGGUGGAAAGCAAGGAACAUUGUCUCAUUCAGGACACAUGGGAGGUGGAAUUAUGGGAGUUCUAUAUUACUUUGCAAGGAGAGGCUUUUUUAAAUUUUUAACUAACUCCCCCCUCCGUGAGUGAACAAAAAAAUUUUAUUCACUCAUGAAGAGGCGUUAAUUUUUUUUUUUAAAAAAAUUUAUAUAUAAAUUAUUUAAAAAAUAGUUUUUUCGAAAUUUAAAAAAAAUCCUAAUUCACAAAAAUUGAACGCAAAUAUUAAUUUAAUUUAUAAAAUUUAUAUUUUAAAUAGCAAUUCGUUUAAAAAUUAAA